AUGAACAUUGGGGUGCACGUGUCUCUUUCAGUUCUGGUUUCCCUGGUGUGUUUGCCCAUCAGUGGGAUUGCUGGGUCGUAUGGCAGUUCUAUUUCCAGUUUUUUAAGGCACACUGUUCUCCAUAGUGGCUGUACUAGUUUGCAUUCCCACCAAGAGCAUAAGAGGGUUCCCUUUUCUCCACACCUUCUCCAGCAUUUAUUGUUUGUAGACUUUUUGAUAGCAGCUAUUCUGACUGGUGUGAGUUGGUACCUCAUUGAGGUUUUGAUUUGCAUUUCUCUGAUAAUGAGUGAUGUUGAGCAUCUCUUCAUGAGUUUGUUAGCCAUCUGUAUGUCUUCUUUGGAGAAAUGUCUUUAA